CAAGGUACGUCUGCACCUACUACGAUGUGGUUGAGCACCUGAACAUCUCCUCUCACAGCAAGCUGUACACACACAUCCUGCCCAAGGCAAACCUGGAGGAGCCCAUGGAAGUGACGAUGGAUUUUCUCCUGGUGGCUAUUCUCUCUGUGGUCGAAAAGCUCCAGACGGUCAGUUUUUACUUUGUGUUGCACCUGGUAGGUCCCUCGACAGUGUUUCUCUCCUGUUGUGCCCAGCACGACAGCUGGUGCUGAGCCCAGCACUCAUUUCUCUCUGCACCUUCUUUCCCCAGAGCUGGAAAAACCCUUUUGCGACCUGGGACCCGCAGGAUUUCUGCAACAUUUCCAAAGUCGUUCUGCCCAUGGAUAUGUAUUGGUCUCCCCCCAUCUUCAUUUUAGAGCGAGUGAACGGACAAAACUCCCAUUUGGAUUAUGUGACCAUCAUGCACAACGGCACAUUCAACUUCUCCCAGACCUUCCAAGUCACCUUAACCUGCAGCUUGAUGAUCCUCAAGUUUCCCUUCGACAGCCAGAUGUGCAACGUGAGCAUAGCUUCGUAUCUCCACCCAGUAACAGACCUUGUCAUGAAGGCGAGACGGACAGCAGAGGAAAUCAUGAAAUACAGCCAGAGUUUCUUCCUAACUGAUGGAGAAUGGAAGUUCACCAACAUGAGCAUCCUUGAACACACAGAGAUGCUGGAGGAUGGAGAAUUUUCUGUGGUCACCUACAUGAUCUCCAUGGACAGACGCCCCAUUCUGUAUGUUUUGAACCUGAUCCUCCCGACGUGUGCCCUGUACCUGCUGGACAUGGCUGUGCUGUUCGGCCCCAGCUCUCUCGAGGAGAAAAUCAGUUUCCAGAUUACCAUCAUCCUUGGCAGCUCCAUGUUAGCCGUGAUCCUCAACAACAUCCUUCCAACCUCCUCCAACAAACCACCCAUAAUAGUUGUGUUCUUCUUGGGCACCUUCCUGCUCAUGAUCAUGGCUGUGUUGGACACCUUCUUCCUCUUGCACGAGCAGCACAAAUCCCUGCGCUUCAACAAGACUCUUGGGAGCUUCCAGCAAGAGGUGCUGGUGACGAGAACCAUCAACAAGCUGCCCAUGGAAUGUCCCACCAAGGAAGGCCCCCAAAGGCUGAACCUUCCCAAGAAGGACAAGGAAAAAGGGCGACCAGGCAACCCCCAGAGGCACCCGAUGGAGCAGGACCCAUUCCUGCUGGUUCUGGAGAAGGUGCUUCUCUACACUCACUUCUUCCUGUCCCUGGUGUUUUUUGCUAUUAUUUGUAUAAAAUGGAGCAGCUAGAGGCCAGCUCUGCUCGUUCAGUCAUUCUCCACUCUAUUGCUUCUCACCCCUCCACUGUCAUUUUUCUCCUGCUCGAUACUUAGAGCUGCAGUGAAGUUGCCUAAAUAAAAUAAAAAUUAAAAAACAAACCCACACGGCAUGAGAUCUGCAUGCUUAGUGCUUUGUACUUUAGUUAAGUAGAACUAUGUCCUUAAGG